AUGGCCGGUUUGACAGAGUCUACGGCGACGGUGGCAGGCGGGCAUGAUGAAGCGGCGACAGAGAUGAAGAGCUCGUCGUCUUCUCUUGAAGGAAGCACAGAUUGCUCGGCCAGGAUGGAGGCGCCAAAGAUGCAUAUCGGCGGCGAGAAAGAGGCGGUAGACGCUGGCACAGCAGAUGCAGACAAGCAGCAGGAAGUGCAUCAAGAGAGCGAUCAGCAUCAAUUUCAAGAGAAAAACGGCAGUCCAGAUAAUGACACGCAAAAGGAAGAAGAGCCAGCUGGCUCCGGCGAGGUGAAGAUGUCAAAGGGCAAAGUCGCUCUCAUCAUGCUUGCUCUCUGCACGAUCGUAACCACUGCGUUGCCAACCAUCGCUAGAGAGUUUAACACAUCACAGGCGGAUUAUGCCUGGGUUGGAUCUGCAUAUUUGCUCGGUGCCGCCUCGUCAACUCCAUCAUGGGGCAAGGUCAGCGAUAUCUUCGGCCGGAAGCCCGUCCUGCUAGCUGCCAACGUCGUCUUCUUGGUCGGCUCGCUCCUGUGCGGCGUCAGUAUCAAUAUCAAGAUGUUGGUAGCCAGCCGUGUGAUUCAAGGAAUAGGAAGUGGAGGCCUUCUUACGCUUGUGAAUAUCUGUGUGAGCGACUUGUUCAGCAUGAGAACUCGAAGCAUGUACUUUGGUAUCAUCGGCAUGGUCUGGGCCAUCUCCGGCAUUAUUGGACCCGUUAUUGGUGGCCUUAUGACCCAGUACACCACCUGGCGUUGGUGUUUUUAUAUAAACCUUCCCAUUGACGGAGUUGCGUUUCUGAUUAUAUUUUUCUUCCUGGAGCUCCAUACCCCUACCACCCCGUUGCUCGCUGGUCUCCGUGCAAUUGACUGGCUUGGAUCUCUCGCUGUCAUCGGUGGUACGGUGAUGUUCCUUAUUGGCCUCGAAUAUGGUGGCGAAUCUUAUUCCUGGUCUUCUCCAACGGUCAUAUGUUUGAUUGUUUUUGGAAUAGUGGCAUGGGGCAUCUUCAUUCUUAUCCAGUGGAAGGUUUCGCGCUAUCCCGUCAUGCCCCUGUGGCUCUUUACCCAGCGGUCUACUCUCGCUGCAUACGGAAUAGUGCUCAUACAUGGGGCCAUUUAUACCAGCGGAAGCUUCUUCCUUCCACUCUACUUUCAAGCAGUGCUCGGAGAGACGCCCUUAAAGUCUGGAAUACUCCUCUUCCCUAACGUGAUAGCGGUUUCUAUCGUCUCCGCGGUUACCGGUAUCUUCAUCCGUAAGUCCGGGCUUUGUCUUCCGCCAAUUUGGUUUGGAACCACAGUUCUAGUUCUGGGAACAGGACUCUAUAUCAAUCUCCCAUCACACAGGUCGUUGGUCAAGGUCAUCCUCUACCAAUUAGUAGCUGGAAUGGGUAUCGGACCUAACUUCCAGGCCCCCAUCAUCGCCAUUCAGAGCCAUAUAAGACCCAGCGACAUUGCUACCGCCACCGCUUCCAUAGCCUUCUGCAGGAAUCUUGCGAGCAGUAUCUCCGUCGUAAUCGGUGGUGUCAUUAUCCAAAACAGACUUCAGGAUAAUAUUCUGCAGAUUCAACACCUUCUCAGCCCAAAGACCUUGGAAGCACUGCAAGGAGUCUCUGCUGGUGCUUCAGUCCACAUCAUCCAGGCUCUUCCACCAAAUGAAAAGCAGCCGGUUCUUGAUGCCUAUACCAAGAGUUUCAGCACUAUGUGGAUAUUCUACACUGCCUUCGCCGCUAUCGGGUUUCUGGUCAGCUUGCUUCUGCAGAAAAAGAAGCUUAACAAGGAACAUGAGGUUACUAAGACUGGACUCGACGCCCAGGAACGAGCAAGGAAAGAAAGACUCCAGAUGGAGAAGGAGGCAAAGAGUAGUCGAAAUAAGGCGGUGUGA